GCGGAGGUUAGCGGGGCGCGGAGCAUGGCCGGGGGCUGCUGGGCAAAGGCGCAGGGCGGGGGGAUGCUGCUGGCUGUCCUCGGGUGGAUCAGCUCCUGCGUCACCACCUUCGUGCCGCUCUGGAAGAACCUGAACCUGGACCUGAACGAGCUGGAGGUCUGGAACAUGGGGCUCUGGCAGGUCUGCAUCACCCAGGAGGAGGGGGUGGUUGAAUGCCAAGCCCACGGCUCCUUCCUGGCGCUGCCCCCCGAGCUGCGCAUCUCUCGCCUCCUGAUGUGCCUGUCCAACGGGCUGGGGCUGCUGGGCUGUCUCCUCGCCGCCCUGGGGCUGGAGGGCUGGAGAACCUGCGAGGACAAACCUGGGCGAAAGCGGCAGCUCCUGCUUGGCGGGGGAGCGGCGCUGGGCAUGGCGGGGAUCACCACGCUGGUGCCAGUCUCCUGGGUCGCCUACAACACCGUCCUCGACUUCUGGGACGAGACCGUCCCCGACAUCGUCCCCAGGUGGGAGUUUGGGGAGGCCACCUUCCUGGGGUGGUUUGCUGGAGCCUUCCUGGCCGCUGGAGGACUGCUCCUUGCCUGCAGCGCCCGCUCCACCAGCAGCGCCACGCCGCUGGCCCCCGCCGGCCGCCAGGCCCCCGCUGCACGAGGCCUGCCUGGGGGCCACCCCCUGCACCCCAAAAACGCAGACUUGGUCAUCUAGGGCCUCAGCGUGCUGUGCCCUGUGUGCCUCGUGGCUCUUCCCCUGGCAGGGAGGGCUCCUGCUUGUUUCACAGGAUGAUUUGCUAAUUGCUACGGCAGCUCUGCGGGUUUCUCUCCUUCCUCUGCGUGUCUGCUUCACUUUUUCUCUGUUAAGGAGCAGCAGAUUUCCCUGCAGCACUCACCAAGCAAGUGUGGGAAGGCAAGAAGCAGCAGGCAGCACUUUGUACUGCUGGUGACACCGUGGUACCAUCACUGAUGGGUGACACUCUGUUGGCAUCCCUGGCGAGUCCCCCACAGCCAAGUCUGUCGUGGCUAAUGCUGUGCCCCAGUGCAGCAGCUCUGUCCUUGCAUGUCUGCGUUGCUCUGAUGUAUUUGCAAUAAAUUAUCUUGUCCGUUGGCAGUGUGUCUGUGCUCUGAAGGUGCAGCUGUAUCUUGGUGAGGUGGGAUGCAGGGUGGGAGCUGCAAGGGGCAGCACUGCUGCUGCAGCUGUGGUUUAGUCGGUCCAGAAAAUACUGGAGGAAAAGAGAGAAAAAUGGAAAACAAGGGGGAAGGAGGAAAAUGAGAGACAAGGCAGCACCAAGCUCUGCUCCUGCUGCAAAAGUGGGAUGGCAGUGACCGUGUGCC